CCCAGGGGCAUAGCUGAGAAAACACCACCGAACAUUCCCAGUUAACCGCCGACUCCACCGAUUCCCUGAAACUCUUUUCUCAUAUAUACAACCCCAUCAUGUCCCAGUAAUGCAAUUUUCGCUUUGCUAAUAAUGCGGGGACGCGAUCGGAUCAACACGUGUCUCCCGGACGAGCUGGUUAUGGAGAUCUUCCGGCGGCUCGACGCCAAGCCGAGCCGCGACGCCUGCUCCCUCGUCUGCAAGCGUUGGCUCAGGCUCGAGCGAGUGAGUCGCUCCACCAUCCGCAUCGGUGCCUCCGGAAGCCCUGAGCAUUUCGUCAAGCUCAUCACUCGCCGCUUCGUCAACGUCCGGACAGUCCACGUCGACGAACGACUCUCUCUCCCCGCUCAGCUCGGAAGAAGACCUAGCGUUGAAUCUAUACGUCCAUUGCCGAAACUGCGUUAUGCGAAGGAAAAAGGUGGGUCUGAAGGUGAGUUGGAGACAUCGUAUAUAUCAGACGCUGGCUUGACUGUCCUCGGCGAAGGCUUCUCGAAACUUGAGAAGUUGAGCUUGAUUUGGUGCAAUAAUGUGUCAAGUAUGGGUUUAGUAUCCGUAGCUCAGAAGUGUCGGUUGUUGAAGUCUUUGGAUUUACAGGGUUGUUAUGUUGGAGAUCCAGGUAUAGCUGCUGUUGGACAGUGCUGUAAGCAGCUCGAAGAUUUGAAUUUGCGGUUUUGUGAAGGCUUGAGUGACACGGGUGUGGUUCAAUUAGCCCUCGGUUGCGGAAAAUCACUAAAAUCUCUUGGUGUGGCAGCCUGUGCAAAAAUAACUGACAUCUCAUUGGAAGCAGUUGGGUUGCACUGCACAUCUCUUGAGACCCUGUCACUGGACUCAGAGUUCAUAAGCAACAAAGGGCUGCUUGCUGUGGCCAAAGGAUGCCCUCUUUUGAAAGUUCUGAAGCUGCAAUGUAUUAAUGUUACUGAUGAGGCUUUGGCAGCUGUUGGUACUUGUUGUUUGUCACUGGAGAUGCUGGCGGUAUGCAGUUUGCAGAAAUUUACUGACAGGGGUCUACGUGCUAUUGGCAAUGGUUGUAAGAAGUUAAAAAGUCUUACUCUAAGUGAUUGCUAUUUCUUGAGUGACAAGGGUUUGGAAGCAAUUGCAAGUGGUUGCAAGGAACUUACACAUCUCGAAGUUAAUGGGUGCCACAAUAUCGGAACUAUGGGAUUGGAAUCCAUCGGAAAAUCUUGCCAACAACUCACUGAGUUAGCGCUGUUGUUCUGCCAAAAGAUAGGCAACAAUGCCCUUCUUGAAGUUGGAAUGGGCUGUAAGUUCUUGCAAGCUCUUCACUUGGUAGAUUGCUCUAGUAUAGGAGAUGAAGGUAUUUGUGGUAUAGCUAGGGGCUGCCAAAAGUUGAAGAAACUUCACAUUCGCCGGUGUUAUGAGAUUGGAAACAAGGGAAUUUGUGCUAUUGGUGAGCAUUGUAAAUCUCUCACAGAUCUUAGCCUUCGGUUUUGUGAUAGGGUUGGAGAUGAGGCCCUUGUUGCCAUUGGCCAGGGUUGCUCACUGUAUCAUCUAAAUGUCAGCGGCUGCCACCAAAUUGGAGAUGCUGGAAUAACAGCAAUUGCAAGAGGUUGCCCUAAACUCAUUUCCCUAGAUGUUAGUGUACUUCAGAAUUUGGGGGAUAUGGCGAUGGUGGAGUUAGGAGAAGGCUGUCCAUUACUGAAAGAAGUACUGCUGUCACACUGCCAUCAUAUAACCGACGUCGGCAUAACCCAUCUUGUGAAAAACUGCGCCCUGCUUGAAUCCUGCCACAUGGUUUACUGCCCUGGUAUAACUGCAGCUGGAGUUGCUACGGUGGUUUCCAGUUGCCCCAACAUAAAGAAGGUUCUCGUUGAGAAGUGGAAGGUCAGCCAGCGAACCAAACGGAGAGCAGGCUCAGUCAUCUCUUACCUCUGUAUGGACCUGUAGAUCCAACACCAUUCUAUAUGUACAUACCUGAGGGCUGAGCUUGUAUAUUUCCAAUGCACGAAUCGAAGGGCAAGACCAGAUCUUGGCAGUUGGCUCUUUCAGAAAUGUAAGCAAUUUCCUUGGUGGUUGUGGUUCACUUUCGGUUUAUCAGUUUUGUUGUUCCUUCUUUUUUUUUUUUUAAUAAUAAUAAAUGUUUAAUUAGAGUUUAGGAAAUUUAUUCAGUUUUUACGAUUAAAUUAUGUGCUCACUGUAGUUUUCACGUAUAAAAAACUAUUGCUGGGAUGAAAAAUGAAGUUUUUG